GAGAAGAGAUCAGGUAGCAGGACUUGCAGCUCAACUGGGGAAGCUCACUGUAGUUUCUUUUUGCCCUUUGCCAAGCACCUUCUCUGGAUGCACAGCCUGAUGCCUGCACACUGAGUUGGAAAUGCGCUCUGAGACCGUAGCUGUGGCUCCUCUUGCCAAGAAUGUGGUGAUCUAUCGGAAUGGAGACCCCUUCUUUCAUGGCAGGAAGUUUGUGGUCAGUCAACGCCGCUUCCUGACCUUUGAGGCUUUUUUGAACGAAGUGACCAGCAUGAUCCAGGCUCCUGUAGCUGUCAGGAGCAUCUAUACCCCCAGGGAGGGCCAUCGAGUCACUGAGCUGGCAGAACUACAUAAUGGGCGCCAGUAUGUUGCGGCAGGCUUUGAGAGCUUCAAGAGGCUUGGCUACAUAAAGCCUGGAAUGAAGCAGCUAGGUGAGAAUCAGAAGAAAGUCAGCGCGCAGCGCUAUCCAGUCGUUUCUCGGAGGGCAAAUGUUUUGGAGCGAUGCAGGAGACAGGUGAACAUGCCCUGCAUUAUACAUGUUUUCCGUAAUGGGGACUUGCUCAGCCCUCCAUUUCGCCUGAUGGUUUCCAAGAGUGCCCUACAGCAGUGGAACACAGUCCUAGGCCUGCUGUCGGAGAGGGCAAACCUGCGCAGUGGAGCUGUCCGAAAGCUCUGCCAACUGAAUGGCGAUAUUAUUUCCUGUGGUGAUGAACUGAUGAGUGGGAACUACUAUGUGGCCGUGGGAACAGAGAAGUUCAAGAACCUGCCCUAUGUGGAACUGCUGGUGCCUGAAAAGAUUGUGCAUCGGUCUUUUCGAAACCACACCAAUAACAGAAGAAGAAACUGCAAUCGAGAACUUGGCAAACUCCACUUGGGUUCUCAAGGCGGCGUCAGUGACUCAGCACUCCUUGAAGCGCCCCAGCAGCUGGAUCUUUGGAGGGUGCGGUCUACAGGAGUUGCAGAGAAGGACAGCGGUCUAGGCUUUUCUCCAGCACCGCAUGAAAAAGCCAGGAAACAUCUGCACAGCGAAGAGAAGCAGGAAAGCAUCAUGUACACAAAGCCAGUUCGUGUUGGGCAAAUCAACUGGAACUCUCCUCAGUGGUCUGACCAAGAAGAAGGAAGCAUUUAUAAACCAAAAGGAGCAAGGAAAGAGAUGCAAGGUGCACAGGAAGUUGGGGAGGAUGAAGACACACAGGUGGAAUUCCCUGUUGACCAGAAAAUUGCAGAGAUGGUGGAAGAGGAAGUUAUGCCCCGAUCUAAACCACGGCAACCCAACAAGGUAAUGAACUCUCUUAGUCUGAAAGUGCAGAAGGCCCAUCAGAUUCAGCGUGCUGCUGGUGACUUGGGGGACGAAAUUCCACAACAGCCUGGCCACCGUCCAGCUAAGGGGAACUCUGCCAAAUAUGAGAAAUGA